ACUUUUCAUUAUUCAGUGGCCUUUUUUUUUAAUGCGGAGAGAGAGAGAGUGAGGGGGGUGGGAGAAGAGCAGUGGUAGAAGACAAAAAAAGCUUUCCAUCAAUCAACACAAAGCUGCAAAAAUCAUGUUACCUGCCCUCUGAGUUAAUUUCUGGAUUUGCUUUUUCUGGGGUCUCUCUGGGGUCUCUUCGAUUUAUUUAUAGAGAUAAUGGGUAUUCAACCAAACCCCAGAAGUUUUUCCUGACUUGGAUCUUCUUUUGUUUUGUUUCUCUGUCCUCACAAACACAAACACAGUAAUGGGUAAUGUUAGUGGUAGGAAAGAUGAAGCUGGACCCUCUGGAACCAAAGAUGAAGAAGAGGGUGAAGAGUACAUGGAGUAUGCACAUGGUGGGGCGCAAGGUAGCUAUCAUGGGCAGGCUCAGUUUUCAGAUUCUAUGGUUCAGUCCCCUUCUCAUAGCCCUCGGGCUUACCGGUCACCACUGAUGUUCACUCCACAGGUCCCUAUGAUUCCUCUGCAUAGACCUGAGGAGAUGAUGCAAAUCCAAAGGGAUGGAUGGAAUCAAAAGACGACAGAGCAUGAAAGUAUGCUCUCUGAGAAGGUAAUUCCCACAAUGAUCACCUGGAAUUAUGGUGGCAAGCAAGUAGCUGUUGAGGGAUCAUGGGAUAACUGGAAGACAAAAGAGUUCUUACAGAGAUCGGGCAGAGAAUUCAUCAUUAUGAAAGUGCUCCCAUCAGGUGUUUACCAUUACCGGUUUAUUGUUGAUGGACAUUGGAGGUAUGCUCCAGACUUGCCUCAAGAGCAUGAUGAUACAGGGAAUAUUGUCAACAUUUUAGACUUGCAGGAUCAUGUUCCAGAUGCCCUUAACAACGUUUCUGAGUCUGAAUCUCCUCCUUCCCCUAUAUCGAGCUAUAACAGUGAACCUCUAGGUUUGGAAGAUUUUAAUGAAAAGUUUUUACCUGAAUUGCCUCCACUACUUCAACAGACACCGCUAGAUCAGCCCUCAUCCUCCAAGAACAGCACUGGAUCUUUGGAGAAGCCGUUGUCUGCAGUUUUGAACCAUCUAUACAUCCAGAAAGGGCGUAGUGGUCAGCCUAUGGUGACGCUAAGUUCAACACAACGAUUUCGCACAAAAUAUGUGACAGUAGUUCUUUACAAAUCCUUGGCAAAGGUUAAAAAGUGA